UUGAAGAAAUCCAGGACAGUCACCUCAGAGAAGAGGAGAUGGGGAACCGUCACGCCAAAGAGAGAAGCCGCCGCCACCACCACGGCUUUGAUGCAGACCAAGAUGCCAAAAAGCUAUACAAAGCCUGCAAAGGAAUGGGAACGGAUGAGGCAGCCAUCAUUGAAGUCUUAUCCAGCAGGACAUCAGAGGAGAGGCAACAGAUAAAGCAGAAGUACAAGGAGAAGUUUGGCAAGGACUUAGAGGAGGUGCUCAAGAGUGAACUGAGUGGAAACUUCGAGAAGACAGCUUUGGCCCUUCUGGAUCGCCCCAACGAGUAUGCCGCGAGGCAGCUGCAGAAAGCUAUGAAGGGCCUGGGCACCGAUGAGGCCAUGCUUAUAGAGAUCCUAUGCACAAGAAGUAACAAGGAAAUUGUCGCCAUCAAAGAAGCUUACCAAAGGCUAUUUGGCAGGAGCCUUGAAUCUGAUGUCAAAGACGACACAAGUGGAAACCUGAGAAAGAUUCUGGUGUCCUUGUUACAGGCCAGUCGUGAUGAAGAAGGUACUGUGGACAAAGAAUUGGCCGGUCAGGAUGCCAAAGAUUUGUAUGAUGCAGGCGAAGGCCGCUGGGGUACUGACGAGCUUGCCUUCAAUGAAGUCCUGGCCAAGAGGAGCUACAAGCAGCUGCGUGCCACCUUUCAAGCUUAUCAGAUGCUCAUCGGCAAAGACAUGGAAGAAGCCAUCGAAGAAGAGACAUCGGGAGACUUGAAGAAGGCCUAUUUAACUAUAGUGAGAUGUGCCCAGGACCUUGAGGGCUAUUUUGCUGACCUGCUAUACAAGGCCAUGAAGGGUAUGGGGACAGACGAGGAGACGUUAAUUCGCAUCAUUGUGACCAGAGCAGAGGUGGACCUGCAGGGGAUAAAAGCCAAGUUCCAGGAGAAGUAUCAGAAGUCUCUCUCUGACAUGGUUCACUCAGAUACCUCCGGGGACUUCCAGAAACUGCUGGUAGCUCUCUUGCACUGAUCCAAGCCUGAGGAAUGUGGGGAGAAACCCCAGUGUCAGGAUUCUUCCUCAGAACAAGUCAAAUUUGCAAAUGGGUGAAAACCCUUCACCCCUCCCCCCCCCAUUGUUUACUCAUCAGUUUAAAAGGCGCCCCAGGGCCAAGCAGCCUCCUCCCAGGGGUUGAACAGUUCCCCUUGAAUGCUGGCUUAGCAGGAACCUAACCUGCCUCCCAGGUUCCCUUUAGCAUUUGAAGCGAAUGCUUUUUAAGCACAAAUGAAAUCAGCAGUUGGGGGGUGGGGGGGCUGAACAUUUAUAAUAAAAUGUUUAGAAAAUUAUAUGCCUCCCAGAUGUACAGAGCCAAAGCAGAGAUUAAAUGGCUAAAGCGGAGUAAAGACAAGAUUAAACGGCUUGUUCAUUU